UACUUUAUUUCAGAGGCUUUUGUGGUCCACACUGCUGGGAGCAGCGCUUCGGGAACAAAAACGAUCAGCAUAAGGAUUAUAUUCAGACAGGGUUGGGAGAAGUCUUGAGUUUCCUAAACUGUCGAGUUGUUCUCAUAUGGAUUAUGCUAUGAGGUCACUCAGCCUUUUCACGCCAUCUAACCUCUCCAAGUGUGUAACAGCGAGCGUGUCAGCUAGUGCCUCCAUGACCCAGCAGCUCCUGUCGGGUCGAGUUCCUCGACCGAAGCCUUUCAGGGUCACGAAUGCUGACCGCAGUGUGAAAAAGGGUAUAAUGGCAGACACGCUAGAAGACCUGACAAAUAAGGUCAGUGACUCGUUGAGUAUACUGUGCAUCAGUGCGUUGGUGCUGGAUGAAGAUGGCACUGGUGUGGACACAGAGGAAUUCUUUCAAACGCUCCCAGAAAAUGCUGUUCUAAUGGCUCUGCAGAAGGGACAGAAGUGGAGCCCACAUCCUUACAACAUCUCCAGAGAUCGCCUUAGUGACUGCAGGCAGCAACAGCAGCGGAGAGAUGUGGCCAAGCUGACCUUUGACCUCUACAAGAACAACCCCAAAGAUUUCAUUGGCUGCCUGAAUGUGAAGGCAACGCUGUAUGGUGUUUAUACUGUGUCCUAUGACCUGCGCUGCUACGCUGCCAAAAAGAUGCUAAAGGAGGCUCUGCGAUGGACCAUCUUCUCCAUGCAGGCCACAGGCCACAUCCUGCUGGGCUCCUCCUGCUACAUCGAGCAGCUGCUGGAAGAGGAGGAGCGAGUGGAGAAGAGCCUGGCGCUGCCACAGGAAAGCAGGAUCAGACAGCUGCAGAACAUGCUGCUGGGAAAGAUUUCUUACUUAUGAUAGACUGACAAUGGUGAGGUUGAGCUCUUAUCCACUCUUAGAUGUACGUCACAGUGUAGAUGUCACAGAUGAAGCGUGCAGUCCGUUUCAUCAUCUCAUAGUUUCCAGUGCAGUUUGGCAACGUCAUAAAUUCAGCAGUCUCUUUUCAUUGUCACUGUUUUUUUGCUGUUACAUUUGUUUACCUCUUAUGUAUGUAUAAACCAAUGCCACAAUUUAUUCCUCUAAAAUCACUUUUACUCACUAUUGUGCAACUUUUUCC